CCGCUUGACAGUCCAGAUGAGUCUCUCAAAGCCCCCGCCGCCACCCUCCACCUCCCACCUGGCUAUCCCCCCCGCCUCCACGCCAAGCCCAUCCUCUUCUGCCACCUCCCCCUCUUCUACGCCCCACUCAGUGGCUCCUCCCCCGCCCUCACCUGUCAAGAUCUCUAUGCAGGAGCACUUUGCCAUCAAUGUGUGCCCAGGACCCAUCCUCCCCAUCCCACAGAUCUCUGACUUCUUUCCCCGUUUUCACGACUACCCCUGCACUCCGCCGCCCCCCAGGGAGAAGAAGAUCCUGAAGGAGGAGACGUUCAAUGGAGAGACGGGUGUAGGGUUCAAGGAUGGGGAGAGAAAAGGGGAAAACGACGGAGACAAGGAGGAGGUGUUCGACUCUGAUGAUGAUGACACCUACCUGGGAACACUGGAGUUCAGCCUGCUCUUUGAUCAAGAGAACAACUGCCUUCACUGCACUAUUCACAAGGCAAAGGGUUUGAAAGCAAUGGACUCGAAUGGGCUGGCUGAUCCAUACGUCAAGCUACAUCUUCUCCCAGGAGCCAGCAAGGCAAAUAAGCUACGCACAAAAACCUUGAAGAACACCCUGAAUCCAGUGUGGAAUGAAACACUGGUGUAUCACGGCAUCACAGGAGCUGACAUGACCACCAAAACGCUCAGGCUGUGUGUGUGUGACAUGGACAGACUCGGACGAAAUGAGUUUAUUGGGGAGGUGAGAGUGGCCCUGAAGAAGCUAAAGGAAGGAGAGAGCAAACGCUACAAUAUGGGGCUAGAGAGAAUUGCACAGAAUAAGGAAACUAACAAUCAGUUGGUCGAGCAGGGUGCUGUUGUGGCAGAGGAAGAGCGUGGUCGCAUCCUGGUGUCGCUAUGCUACAACACAGAGAAGGGCUGCCUGCUGGUUGGGAUCAUACGCUGUGCCCAUCUGGCUGCCAUGGACUCCAACGGCUACUCUGACCCAUUUGUCAAAAUCAUCUUACAGCCAGAUAUGGGGAAAAAGUCAAAGUACAAGACCUCGGUGAAGAAAAAGACUCUCAAUCCUGAAUUUAAUGAGGAAUUUUCAUAUGAAGUAACCUUGGACCAGCUGGCAAAGAAAACCCUGGAGAUCUCUGUGUGGGACUAUGACUUGGGAAUGAGCAAUGACUUUAUAGGCGGAGUGGAGCUGGGCAUCAAUGCGACGGGACAGAGACUCAGACACUGGUUCGAGUGUCUGAAAAACAAAGGAAAGAAAGUGGAAUACUGGCACACGCUCACGCAGCAGGGAGCCCCAAGCAGCGACAAGCCGGACUAGACUCCCCAAGACAUUCCCACAGACAAAGGCACACCACACAAGCACAGAUGCGUUUGUCUUACCCAAGCGAUGGUUGACAGAGUCCAACAAAAGCAGCAGCGAUUAACCUAAACAAAGAAGAAAAGAUGCAAUAAUAACAAGGAUACAAAUCUAAAUUGUCAUGUGUUACCACUAAUUGAGGCACAACGUAUUAGUAUAUAUUCAUACCAAUCUCGGUGAUGGUGACAAGGUAUGAUCUGAAUCUGUUUAUUUUUCUAGGUAAACAAAAUUGUGAUGAUGUCUUUGUUGAAGUGUUGCCGUACCAAAACAUUACACUAGAAAUUGUGCUCAGAUCUCACCGUAUCGUAGAAGCUGAAACAUCUUCAUCGAAAUUGACAUCUAACCAACAGAUCGGAGGCUCAUCCCGUUAAAGUGCCCAAAUAUUUGUACAUUUUUGUGACUUCUUAUAUGGUACAUAGUUCCAGGAGUUACAGGAUGCUGCUAAAAAAAAAAUCUCUUAUUUGAAGUAGUUGCUGUCGAUCUGAUGCAAAACAAGACACCAUAUUAUUAUGAUGUAAAGCACAAAAUGAUCCAUUCGGUGGAUUUGUACCUUUACCUUCAGUGUUGCGUCUUUUUCGUUAUUUGUCUAUGGCAGUGGUGUUUUAGCACCUAUGUGUCAGGCAGUAAUGUGUCUGCAUUUUAUGUGUGUGUGUGAAUGUUUAUGUAUGUGUGUGUGGGAGUUUUGAUACGAGUGCCUACAUUUUCUGUAUGUCCAAUAUGAGUCUGUCUGUAUUCUCCUCACGCCCCCAUUCAGAAUGUUUCCAUUCGACUUCAGGAGCACCGAGGUGUGAAGAAAUAUUGACGAAAGGCAACAAUGGUUCAUUCAAUGGAGAAAUCCUCUGUAACCACCUAAGGCCUUGGUGUUGUGAAAACCCCUUGGGUGCAGAAUAAUUACAAAAAGCUGUUGUGUGAACCAGACAGUCUUCUAGCCUGAGAAAACCCCACAAUAUGAUAAUGCUCUUAUUUUUUUUUUUAUAAGAAGCAGACCUUCUAUUUUGCUUUUGGAUGCUUUGCUUGCAUAUUUUAAGUUGUUACAGAACCACUGAAACAAAUUUUAGACGGUGUAAAGAAAAGAUACAGCAUGUCAGUGAUUCUGGUUCUGCUCUAAUAAAAUACAGUGCUGGUGCAAAAGAUUUUUAGCACGGCAAAGUGUUUUAUUCAUAAAAAGUGAUCAGAUUUGGUCUGGCUGUUUGAUUUCUGUUAAAAAAAAGCAGCCUGGAGCCUGAAAAAAAUCUUUUAACUCCCUUUUGCAUGCCAUUCUUUUAUAGACAUUUGCCUGAAUCAUAGAUGCAUUGAUCCUCUGGGUAAGAGAGACAGAAAAUCCUUGUCUGUCAGACACCUCACAGCCUACUAAGAUUAUCAGCACAGUUGGCUGAAGUGCAGACUUAUAUACACACAUACAUUUACCAUAUAUAUACUUAUAUACACACACACACACACACA